CGCCGCACCAGACUGUAGACCCGCCUUGGCGGCAUUUGCACGGCAUUCCGGUUGAAAGCAAGCGACGGAUGAAAGCAGUGCACGGUAACAGCAGGGGCCGCAGUGGCAGCUGAAGAAGAAGAAGCAAAACAUGGAGAAUAGAAACGUUGUCGUCUGCGACAAUGGCACCGGGUACGUCAAGUGUGGUUUUUCCGGGGAGAACUUCCCCACCUCUGUAUUUCCUUGCGUGGUGGGGAGGCCGAUGCUUCGGUACGAAGAAUCACUAACUGAACAAGAGCUGAAGGACAUUGUUGUUGGGGAAGCUUGUGCGGAUUUGCGACAUCAGCUUGAUAUAUCUUAUCCUGUCAAUAACGGAAUUGUGCAAAACUGGGACGAUAUGUGUCAUGUGUGGGACCAUGCGUUUUACAAUGAAUUAAAAAUUAAUCCACCAGACUGUAAGAUUCUACUCACAGAUCCUCCACUUAAUCCUUCAAAGAAUCGUGAAAAAAUGGUUGAGAUGAUGUUCGAGAAGUACAAUUUUGCUGGAGUAUUCAUCCAAAUCCAAGCUGUUCUAACAUUAUAUGCUCAAGGGCUCCUGACUGGACUAGUUAUUGACUCUGGUGAUGGUGUCACACAUGUGGUUCCUGUUGUUGAUGGCUAUUCAUUCCCACAUCUUACAAAGCGAAUGAAUGUAGCUGGCCGGCAUAUAACAUCAUAUCUUGUUGACUUGCUUUCAAGGAGGGGGUAUGCAAUGAAUAGGAAUGCUGAUUUUGAGACUGUAAGGGAGAUCAAAGAGAAGCUGUGCUACAUAAGUUAUGACUACAAGAGGGAAUACCAGCUGGGGCUUGAGACCACGAUACUUGUUAAGAAUUAUACUCUUCCAGAUGGAAGGGUGAUUAAAGUAGGAACUGAAAGGUUCCAGGCUCCUGAGGCUCUGUUCACUCCAGAGCUUAUUGACGUUGAAGGGGAUGGAAUGGCUGAUAUGGUUUUCCGUUGCAUCCAGGAAAUGGAUAUUGACAACCGGAUGAUGGUGCAAUAUUAUAUUUGCUAUUUACAAUAUUUAAUAUUGGUAUCAUAUUGUUAUGUUCGGAUUUGAAUACUUGUUCAUAGAUUGAAGUUUAUCAACUUAAAGAGUGUGGUAAAAGAAAUUGUGUUUAGCUACACUUUCUAAGCAAAACUUAUGAAGGUAUCUGAGGCACU